AUGGUCCAGGUAUAUCGUAAAACUCAUUCUUACCCCGACCCACCUCCUACACCCUUACUAGCGUUCUUCCUCCGCUAUCCCAACCCAUUCGCUCGUCAUGUCUUAUCAGUAGAUGUCCUCUCUCGAACUGUUAACCCCUCGACUGGACAGAUACACACCACGAGGUUGAUAUUGAAAAGAGGUAUAUUACCGAAAUGGGCUACUAGGUGGUUACCUAAUGCUGGACUUUCAGGUGGGAGGGGGUUGGACGCUUGGAUUUUGGAAGAAAGUAUUGUAGAUCCUCCUGAAUGGGGUUUGGCCGAAAGCUCAACAAGUACAAAUACAAAUAUCCCAAAUAUUGGUUCUUCUUCAGCCUCUUCGUCAAAGCGUAGGAUAUCAAGUGAAAGUGGUAGAAACGAAGACGAUUUGGAGCUGGAGUACAGGAGACAACCUAGAUUGAGGGUACAGCAGGGGAACUUGAAUCAUAAGAAGUUGAUGCAUGUGAUUGAAGGUGGGGAGAUCAGAGCGGGACCGAACGGUACAACACUACAUCAUACUACAGCAGAAGUCAGGUCGAGCUUUGGUGGAGCAUGGUCAAAUCUGAUUAGGCAGAGGAUAGAACAGUAUGGCGUAGGGAAAUUCGAGACGAAUUCGGAGACUUCCCGCAAAGGCAUGUCCCUGAUCUUAACACUCCUCCGUACCCGCCACCCACUCCCCGAAACAGCAGAGUUCGAAUUCUACCCACCUCCCCCACCGGGAUUCAACGAUUCAUGGUCCGAUAUCCCUGAAGCUGCCAGUAGGGGCAAGGCCAAAGAAGGCUCUCCGAGGAGUUUUUUCUUGUCGCCCGGUAGUUUGGGCGCAUGGGUGAGGAGUAGGAGGGAUAAUGGGAAUGGCAAUGGGCAAUCUGGUGAUACGAGGAAUCCGCCAUAG